UGGUCUGAAAAUUAAUGUUUGAAAUAUUUGAAGAACCUGAGUGCAAUUCGGAGGAAAAAGCACGAUGCAAAUUUGCUAAUCUUUGCAUCAUUUAAAAAAAUGAACAAUAAUGUGACUUUAAUGAUUAUCUAAAAAUAUAAAAUAGAACGUGCAUUAUUUUUUAAUACGUGGUCAAUUCUGUAAACAUAAUCUUAAAAAGUGAGUUUGUUUCGCUACCCAGAUUCAGUGUGAGUAAAAAAAACAAAGCUAUGGAUAGUUUCAUAGGUAUAUGCGAGAUCUUAUAUUUUUAUGCCUUUUCGAAAUAAUGUAAAAAUGUAAAACAGAUCUGGACAGAACGAAUCAAUCCUUCAUAAAAAAUUGUAAGAAUAUCUCUUAAUUCUGCUGGCUGGAACCACUUCUAACUCUCUGCUAAUGGAUUUAGAGUUACGAAAAACUUAUUCAAGAUUUCUUAUAACUAAUGAUUUUACACAAUACUAAAUUGGAAGUUCAUUUUAUGAACUGCAGAGUAUAUGAAGAUAUUCCAGAGUUCAAAUUAUUUUUUGCUUUUGAAUUUUCUUAAUAAGAUGACACAACUAACCAUUCAACCAAUUCAUCUUUUAAGUAAAUUAAAUGUUCUUCUUUAAAGUUAGUUUUUUUACACUAAAUAUUGCAUACAUUUUUAGGACAGUUUUCUUCAGUCCUCCGUUAUAUAAAUGGUACAGGGCUGAAUUUGAUAAAGUGUAAAUAGUACAGGGCUGAAUUUAAAAAAGAUACAGAGUUUUCUGAAGAUAAUUCUUCCGAAGAAAAAAGUUAAUGCUACUAUCUUGAAUUGUCGAGUCAAAAAAAAUGAAGCUUGACUCGACAAAAAACUCUCAUUCUUAUUCUUUAAAGUGAAGUUUAAACCAAUUUUACAUCUAUAGUAUAUAAAGUUUCUUUAUAUAACUUUAACACUGUCCUGUUUGAUUAUUGGUUUUACGUUAUGAAACAUGCGGCAAGGACUUAUAGUUAUAUCAUAAUAACUAAUGUGAAUGUAAAUUAAGAUAUUGUUUGAUAAAUGCUGCACCAUACAUUUAUGACAAUUCGUUGCGGAUUUAAAUAUUGUGGGAACGGCGUAUUAGCUUUAUGAGUUAUUCUUCAGUUUUGACUUAACUAACUUUGAAAUUAUAGUCAAACUUAGUUUGAAUUUACUUCUUAAAUUUACCCAUUAUAAAUUAACAUAAUUAUAAUAACUAAUUUUUUUAAGCUUAUAUAAAAGCUAAUAGUUGUUUUCGAGAAAUUUAAUAAAUAGAAAAUUUUUUGAAGUUAUUUUACUGAACUAUGCAUUUAAUAAAAAAAGAAAAAACUUUGUAUUUAUCAAAUAAACUAUUGUUAUCAGAAUAAACGUGGUUUACCUUCCUUUGUAAAGUCUCUAUAGCAACUUCUUUUUGUUAUCGCAAAAUGGUUUAGCAAACAUUACCUACUGUUUUAUAAUUAGUUUUUGAUUUUGAGGUUUUGUGGUGGAUGCUGAUAUUGACAACUUAUUACUUAACAGCUAAAAAUAAAAAGUUAUAACAAAGGUGAGUUAGAGUUAUUAAACAAAAAGACAUUGAUAUACAAUGGCGUUUAUUGACAAUAGUGAAAUGGAGCAAUCUAAUCUGAUAAUUGCAUUCAAAUCUACAUACUUGUUUAUAUGUUUUUUUCUUGGCGUUAUUGGUAACUCAGUUGUCGUUAUUACGAUUUUAAAGAUCAAAAAAAUGCAAACCGUUACAAAUUGGUUUAUUUUAAAUCUUGCAAUAGCCGAUAUUUUAUUUACUAUUUUCGAAAUAACCACAAUUAUUAUAACAUCUAUCGCAAAAAGAUGGUUGCUAGGAAACAUUGUGUGUGAUACCGUCGGUUUUAUGAACUCGCUUUUUUGCAUAACGUCAAUAUGGACUCUUGUUAUGAUCAGCAUAAAUAGGUUUUUACAUGUUGCUAAACCCAACGACAUAAAAAUACUGUACACAAAGAGAAGGGCAAUUAUAAUAAUUAUCGGUGUUUGGGUAUUUUCUUUAUUGAUCUCAUUCCCUCCUCUAAUUGGUUGGAGUCAGUUCAAGUCAGGCGCUAACUUCUGCACUGUUGACGGCAAAAAAUCAAAAUCAUAUUCAAUUUUUCUUGGUACUAUUGCAUAUGUGAUGCCUAUGUUAUUUUUAGCAAGUUUGUACUCGUGUAUAUUUUUUUUGCUACAUAAACACGAAAAAACACAAAUGAGAAGCAAAAUAAACACUGUAGAAUUUUCAAAGCCAAAUGGUUCUAAAAUUUUGUUUGACAGUGUGUCUGUAUCAUCACUUUCACAUCAAUCAAAUAACAAAAAAACUAGUUUAAAAGAUAAAAAAGUGAUAGCUUACUACAUCAAAUAUAGGACUAAAGGUUUUUUGACAAAUGAAGGAAUUUCAACUAUAGAUAGUUAUUUAGAAUUAAAAAAUAAAAAUGGAAAUCAACUUAAUGCAAAUGAUAGUGGACAAUUACAAAGGAGAAAUGAAAGAUGCAAACUAGAAUUAACAAAUACAGAAGAAAAUCGAAAAAAGCUGAAUAUUAAAAAACAUUUUAAAGAAGUUCGAAUUACAAAAAUGUUAUUGAUUCUUGUACUUUGCUUUUUCUUUUGUUGGACUCCAGUAUUUAUUGGAUCGUUGUUAUACUCUUUUAACACAAAGGCAGGGAGUUUUAAUUUAGCAACAUUUGGAAUAAUGUGCGCUUGUUUAAACUCUAUACUCAAUCCUAUAAUAUAUUCUGUCAUGAACCGCGGGUUUCGAAAGUAUAUUAUAAGAGUUUGCAGAACUAUUUUUAUACAUUAGGUUUUAACACAUUUAA